AUGAAUUUCAAAAAAAACCCACAACUGUUUAGCACACGUUUGGUCAAAAGAUCGGCUUUGCUUGUCUCUUUGACGAGUUGUUGUGUGGUGCUAAGAGUGGCGAGACUCACUGACGAUGCUGACUACGAUGCCGGCGAAACGCCUGGGAAUGUACCACGUCCACGGUCACACUUUGGAAAUGAUCAUGCAGACAAUGGACUCCGGACUAGAUCGCUGACGGUACUGAUGAUGCCAAUCAACGAGAGGAUAGCGAUGUGUAAGUUGAUUGUGAUAGUGAUGGUGCUGAUGAAUGACUUUAGUGAUUGUGGUGGCGGCACGAUACUGGAAGAUGGCAUUCAUCCAAUCCUAGGCCUCGGCAAUCCAGGUCAGCCAGCAACCAAUUUUCCCACACGCGGCUGCUCCGACGAUUGUCCCAGAUUACAGCUAGGCAUGCGAUAA